AGCAUCAUGUGACCGCCCAUCUAUCAACUAACGAGCUUUUGCGAGGCACUUAAACGCAUCACAACCACCCACUAUGAGCCGCUACGUAUCGCGAUAGACACCAUCAAUCCGCGGAACUAACGCUGAGCAACAUGGCGGAAGAGGAGGUGGCCAAGCUGCAGAAGCACCUGGCCCUGCUGAGGCAGGAGUACGUGAAGAUGCAGCAGAAGUUGGCCGACACCGAGAGACGCUGUGCUGUGCUCGCAGCGCAGACCUCCAGCCAGGCCUCCCCCAGCUCUGCAGGUGCAGACACCUUCAUUAGCCGCCUGCUGGAAUUUGUGGCCGACCUUUAUCAGCAGGAACACUACAGUGAUCUGAAAGUGAAAGUCAUGGGGGAUCAAUACUGUGCCCAUAAGUUUGUGCUGGCUGCUCGCAGUGAUGCCUGGAGCCUGGCCAACCUGGCAACCACCACUGAACUGGACCUUACUGAUUGCAAAGCUGAGGUAGCCAUGGCCAUGCUGCGCUGGGUGUACACUGAUGAGUUGGAGCUCAGCGAGGAUGAUGCGUUUCUGAUUGACUUGAUGAAGCUGGCCAACCGCUUCCAGCUUCACCAGCUUAGAGAGAGGUGUGAAAAAGGUGUGAUGUCAUCUGUAAAUGUGAGGAACUGCAUACGUUUCUACCAAACAGCUGAGGAACUAAAUGCUGCCACCUUAAUGAACUACUGUGGGGAGAUCAUAGCCAGUCACUGGGAUGAUCUGCGGAAAGAAGAUUUCAGUACCAUGAGUGCCCAACUUUUGUACAAGAUGAUCAAAUCGAAAACAGAGUUUCCUCUCCACAAAGCCAUCAAAGUCGAGCGUGAAGAUGUGGUCUUUUUGUAUCUCAUAGAGAUGGAUUCCCAGUUACCAGGGAAGCUAAAUGAAGUGGACAAUAAUGGGGACCUUGCUCUAGACCUGGCACUCUCCCGAAAGCUGGAAGGUAUAGCCACGACUCUGGUGAACAACAAGGCUGAUGUGGACAUGGUGGACCAGAGCGGCUGGAGCCUCCUACACAAGGCCAUCCAAAGAGGGGACCAAUUUGCUUCCAUCUUCCUGAUUCGCCACUCAGCUCAGGUAAAUGCAGCCACAGUGGGGGCAGUAGAAACCCCACUUCAUUUAGUCUGCUCCUUCAGUCCCAAGAAACACACUGCAGAGAUAAUGAGCAGUAUGGCCCAAAUCGCAGAAGCUCUGCUCAAAACUGGGGCUAACCCCAACAUGCAGAACAGCAAAGGCAGAACUCCGCUGCAUGAAGCUGUGGCAUCAGGGAAUGAGGCCGUGUUCAACCAGCUACUACAGUGCAAACAACUUGACCUGGAACUGAAAGACCAUGAGGGCAGUACAGCUCUGUGGUUGGCUCUGCAGCAUAUCACAAUGUCCUCAGACCUCUCAGUAAAUCCAUUUGAGGAUGAUGCCCCAGUAGUGAACGGGACCUCGUUUGAUGAGAAUGGCUUCGCAACUCAGCUUAUCAAGAGAGGAAGCAAUCCUGAUGCACCAGACACUGCCACAGAAAACUGCCUUCUGCAAAGAGCAGCUCGGGCAGGCAACGAGGCGGCGGCUCUUUUCUUAGCAACUCAUGGGGCAAAGGUCAACCACGUUAAUAAAUGGGGUGAGAGCCCGCUUCAUACAGCAUGCUGCUGUGGCCUGGCCAGCCUCACAGCAGAGCUGCUCCAGCAAGGUGCCAACCCUAACCUGCAGACCCAGAAGGCUCUGCCUGAGGACGCCCAUGGCGUGGCUCUGCAGACACCGCUCCACAUGGCCAUUGCUCACAACCACCCAGAUGUUGUCUCUGUCAUCUUAGAACAAAAAGCCAAUGCGCUUCACGCCACCAACAACUUGCAGAUCAUUCCAGACUUCAGUCUUAAAGACUCCAUGGAUCAAACUGUUCUGGGUUUGGCCCUCUGGACAGGUAUGCACAUUAUUGCAGCCCAGCUGCUGGGCUCGGGGGCUUCUAUAAAUGACACUAUGUCCAAUGGACAAACUCUGCUUCACAUGGCCAUCCAAAGACAGGACAGCAAGAGUGCCCUCUUCCUUCUCGAACAUCAGGCAGACAUCAAUGUUAGAACACAGGAGGGACAAACAGCGCUACAGCUGGCCAUCAGCAAUCAGUUGCCCCUAGUGGUGGAUGCCAUUUGCACAAGAGGGGCUGAUAUGUCUGUAAUAGAUGAAAAAGGGGAUCCUCCAUUAUGGCUGGCUCUCGACAAUGGCCUGGAAGACAUCGCAUCCACGCUGGUGCGUCAUGGAUGUGACGCCACAUGUUGGAGCCUGGGGCCCUCUGGCUGCCUGCAGACUCUCCUGCACAGAGCUGUUGAUGAGAAUAAUGAGGUUUCUGCUUGCUUCCUCAUCCGCAGUGGCUGUGAUGUGAAUAGCCCGAGACGACCUGGUCCUAACGGGGAAGGAGAUGAAGAAGCCCGAGAUGGACAAUCACCCCUCCACCUGGCAAGCAGCUGGGGUCUGGAGGACGUGGUGCAGUGCCUUUUAGAGUUUGGAGCUAAUGUAAAUGCACAAGAUGCAGAGGGCAGAGCUCCCAUCCAUGCUGCUAUUAGCAACCAGCACAACGUCAUUAUUCAGCUCCUCAUUUCCCAUCCAGACAUUCGGCUCAACCUCCGUGAUCGUCAAGGAAUGACACCAUUUGCCUGUGCCAUGACCCACAAGAACAACAAGGCUGCUGAUGCUAUCCUGAAGAGAGAGCCUGGUGCUGCUGAACAGGUGGACAACAAAGGAAGGAAUUUCCUCCAUGUGGCUGUUCAAAACUCAGACAUCGAAAGUGUCCUCUUCCUCAUCAGUGUCCAAGCUAAUGUGAACUCCAGAGUUCAGGAUGCUGCCAAACUUACCCCUCUUCACCUGGCUGUGCAGACUGGCUCCGAGAUCAUUGUCCGCAAUCUGCUGCUUGCCGGUGCCAAAGUAAAUGAGCUGACCAAACACAGGCAGACAGCACUACAUUUGGCCGCCCAGCAGGACCAGGCCACUAUUUGUUCGGUGUUGUUGGAGAACGGCAUAGACUUUGCUGCUGAGGAUGAGAAUGGCAACAAUGCUCUGCAUCUGGCUGUGAUGCAGGGCCGCCUUAACAAUGUCAGAACACUUCUCACAGAGUCCAACAUUGAUGCUGAGGCCUUCAAUCUCAGGGGUCAGUCACCAAUGCAUGUACUAGGCCAUUAUGGUAAAGAAAACGCGGCAGCCAUCUUUGAAUUGUUCCUGGAGUGUAUGCCAGAAUAUCCUCUAGACAAGCCGGAUGGCGAAGGGAACACUGUUCUGCUUCUGGCCUAUAUGAAAGGGAAUGCCAACUUGUGCCGUGCCAUUGUGAGGGCCGGGGCUCGACUGGGUGUCACAAAUAAUCAGGGCAUCAAUAUUUUCAACUACCAGGUUGCAACCAAACAGUUGCUCUUCCGCCUUCUAGAUAUGCUGUCCAAAGAGCCCCCUUGGUGUGAUGGUUCCAACUGCUAUGAAUGUACUGCAAAGUUUGGUGUAACAACACGGAAACAUCACUGCCGCCAUUGUGGGCGCCUGUUGUGCCACAAGUGCUCUAUAAAGGAGAUACCAAUCAUCAAGUUUGACUUGAACAAGCCUGUGAGAGUGUGCGACAUCUGCUUUGAUGUACUGACUCUGGGUGGGGUAUCGUAAUGCUGUGACCGGCAUCUCUUCCAUUGACCAGGCCCGACUCGGCUCUGCUGUUCAGGAACGCCACGAGAUGGGACAUGGGAAGCAGGAGAUACUAAGGAUCAUCAUCUUUAUACUACUCCAGUUUACGAAUAACUACUAAUCUUCUAGAGACAUUUCAAAUAGAGAGAAACAUUGUCUUUCUGUUGGUUUCUAUCAAAGUAUCUUAAUGUAGAUAUAAGCAGCUCUACCAGCACGGUGACAGCUGGGCAGAGUUUUCUUAUAUUUCAAGAUCAGUGAUCUUUGUGCUGAUUAGCUCCUAUUAUCAAAGGCAGAAAGCUGUUAUAAUGAUACUUCAAUCCAAUGAUAUCACUUGUAGAAGGGUUUACUUUUUCACAGUCGUUGAUUUUUACCAUCCACAUGAUUCAAACUGACCUGCCCAAAGCAGAAAACUGCAGCACUACAAAAUUAAUCAGUUAUAAAGACUUAAUUAUCCAUGUGUGUAAUCUGUUAUCAUUCCCCUUUUGUUGAUUUUCUGUUAAAGUAACUGACCCAAAUGAGUAAAAAUCAACAUAUUUAGAUAAUUGAAACAAAUACUGUUAUGCCAGACAAAUUAUAGCACAAAUUUAGCCUGAAAGCCAAAUUCAUCACAUUACCCAGAUGCAACAUUCUGUCAACAGUUGUCCUUUAGUUACAGAUCUAGCUCAUAUGCCUAUGCAUGUCAUUUAAUUUGUAGCCUUUAUACAUCAGUUAUAUCAUAACCAAAUAACAUUCCAUUUUUUUUGACCUGCCAUGAGGCCAUCAUCGGUGUCUCUGAUCAUGUCGACCCGUCCUAUUUGAGCUCUUAAUUUCUAAGCCUAACCGGUGCACUUUAUCAGGAACACGUGACAUUUCAGAUCACUGAAGAGAAGGUGGACUAAGUAGGGCCAAGUGGGGCAGCCUCUUUAAGUAUUGUUAAAUUGUACAGAUAAAUGUGUGAUAUUUUUGACCACUACAACUGUUUUGUACUUAAAUGCAGUUUGUGCUUAUUGUGACAACCUAAAAAUCUUGCCUCUGUUAAUCUUUUAUGCACAUUGUUUAACCUUUUAUGCACAUUGUAUCUGUAUGGUCAGAUAUCUAGUCUGCCUCUUCCCAGUGUAUUCUUUUAGAGAAAGGGAGGACAACUUUACAUAAAGGUCAUCAACAAACUGCA